ACACGGUCAAAUUGCGGCGCCUGAGAAACGCGCGCGGUCGCCUCGCGCUCUCCUCGCCUUCAGACUGACCCCUAUUGGUCGUGAGCCGCAUGGCCGGCGGUACCUCGUCCAACCAAAGGAGCAAAGCCUAUUAACCGCCACCCCAAUCAAAACACACGGCCGCGCGCGCGCGCCUGAGGCCCAUACCCACGCCACACCACGCCACGUUCACAACGGCACGCCCUCGCCUAUCUAGAGCUCGCCUGUCGAUGAGGAAUAAACGCGUAUGCCCGCAGGUCAAGUCCGACUCACCCUCGGAUCCCUUCGCCUCCCUCCUCUCUCUCUUCGCAAGCACCCCCCGCAAGCCACCAUGCGCGAGCGCGGGUCAGUGUGGAAAUCAACCAGUGUGUAAACGCAGUCACCGAGACGACGUCGCGCGCAGGUGCAUCACAGACCCGCCCCCGACGCGCGCGCGACCGCUUCCUCUCCGGGGGCGUGGGCGCCGCGCCACAAGUAAGCAUGCCCUGUCGGAAGAGUACUAGCAGAGACCAGGCGGGUCCGAGUCGCCUACUACGCGUAAAGUCCACUCGCCCUAGGACCGUUCGAAAAGCAAGAGACCACCCUUAGGAGCGGCCCCGAGCCAAGCAUAAUAU